AUGGGUCUCUGGUGCCCCCAGGCCGCUGCCAGGGCCCGGGCCCGCCGGGCUCUCGUGCAGGCCCAGGGGCUGUUCCAGCUGCGCUCCCUGCGCCGGGCUCUGCUCCUCAGGGACCGGGAGCUGCGGCGGCGGCGGCGGCUGCGGGAACAGCGGCGGGAACGGCAGGAAACGGCCCCGAGACGGCUGGGGAGGAAACGGUACGAGGAGCCCGACCCUGAGGUGCAGCUGAGCGAGGAACUGCCCGAGUCCCUGCGCAGCCUCCGGCCCGAGGGGAACGUGCUCAGGGAUCGCUUCAAGAGCCUGCAGAGGAGGAACCUGAUCGAGCCCCGGGACAGGGCCAAGUUCAGGCGCAGGUACCGGGUCAAGUACGUGGAGAAGAGAUCGUUCCGGGCAGUCACGCUAUGACCGGCGCCCCUCCCCCACCCCCCAAAAUAAAUCCCUUGGAGCAGCUGCGGGUC